UUUAUUUUAGGUCACAUAAACUGUUGCUAGCAGGGCUUGCCUAUUUAAGCGAGAAUUUAUUUUGGUUGUAACUGAAGCUGUGUUCAUAUAUGUGGCACUUAAGUUUAUCUGGCCACAUUUUAACAACAGAAACGGAAACAACUGAAAAAAUGAGUGCAAAAAAAAGUCAGAGUGCACUUGCACAAGCGUAAAGGUACUUCCUGAGAUGUAGCAUUUAAAACAAGGUCUCCUACUGUACAUAUCAAAAGAAAUGAGAGAUCACCAUCUAAACUGUUCAGCACUGUUGCAAGAACUAGACUGAUAUAACAGAUUUCCUUCACUACUAAAUGAUUUACAGUUACCAUUCAAAAGAGGAACCAUGUCAUGUAACUUAACAUGUCAGGAGACCGAAGCUGUGGGGUGUGAGUCUCAGAAAAACCUUAUUUUUGUUGCGGUCUAUAGUGUGGUCUGUAUAACCGGGAUCACUCUCAACUUCAUGGCACUUACAGUUUUUUUUUGCUGCACGAAGUCACGCUCACACACCACUGUAUACAUGACCAAUCUUGCUAUAGCAGAUCUCCUUCUGGUUUGUACUCUACCAUUACGAAUCCACUACCAUUUGGGAUUUGAAGGCCUGUCACAAAAGGUCUGUGAAGUUGCUGGUGUUAUACUGUUAGCCAACAUGUAUGGAAGCAUCUUGCUCCUUACAUGUGUUAGCCUUGACCGCUGCAUGGCUGUCUGCUUUCCUAUGUCAUCUCGAGUGCGUGAAGGCCGCAAAAAGGCACCAGUAGUUUGCCUGGGGAUUUGGAUGCUAACAACCGGAGCCAGUAUGCAGAGUUACCUAGCUAACACAAAUGCAAACAUAAGAAAUGAAACAUGUUUUUAUAGUGUUCCAAAAUAUGCUUUCAAGCUUUCUACGCUAACCUCCUCACUGACAAUAGGAUUUGGGAUACCGCUGAUCAUCAUGGUUCUCUGUUCAUUUGGGUUAGUGCAUGCUGUCACCAAAAGCACUGCAGCCCAGAUGUCUGGCUUAAUUGACAACUGCAAAAUCCAGAGGAUGGUAAGCAUUAACCUGGCCAUAUUUCUGUGCUGCUUUCUGCCAUAUCAUGUCAUGCUGGUGGUGAUUUACUCCUACAAUAACAAAAUUAUACCAUGCCCAGUGUUGUCUGCCUACUACUAUACUUUGAUGGUAACUUGUCUGAAUGCCAUUCUGGACCCCUUGGCUUACUAUUUUACCACAGAGACUUUCCGCAAAAACGUUGAAAUAGAUACGGUUCGGAGAAUGUUACCCAUGAAAAAUGUAAGCUCUGAUGGAAACACCCGCUCCAGAGCACCUGUCAGUACAGCUUAAUAAAACUCAUAUUACAAAAGACAUAACAUGUUAGUCAAUUAAUAGACAUACAAACAAUAAACAUAUAUGUAUUAAUAAUAAAUAUUAAUAAUUAAAUAUUAAGAACUUUUAAUAUAUAAUACAUAUAAUAAAUAAAGACAAAUAGCAAAAGCAA